GUUUGAUUUUGAUACCAUAGCCAUUGCUACAGAUAAUUUUUCUCUUGAAAACAAGCUUGGACAAGGUGGUUUUGGUUCUGUUUACAAGGGUAGACUGGGUGAGGGUCAAGAAAUAGCAGUAAAAAGACUCUCAAAGAACUCUGGACAAGGAGUUGAAGAAUUCAAGAAUGAGGUUAGAUUGAUUGCAAGGGUGCAACACAGAAAUCUUGUCAGGCUUCUUGGUUGCUGUGUUGACAUGGACGAGAAGAUGCUAAUUUAUGAAUACAUGGAACAUAGAAGCCUGGAUUCUGUUUUAUUCAACAAGAACAGGAGUUCCUUACUGAAUUGGCAAAGGCGGUUCAACAUCAUUUGUGGGAUUGCUAGAGGACUUCUUUAUCUUCAUUAUGAUUCCAGAUUUAGAAUCAUCCACAGAGAUCUAAAGGCAAGCAACAUUUUGGUUGAUGGACAAAUGAAUCCGAAAAUUUCAGAUUUUGGCAUGGCUAGAAUUUUCGGUAAUGAUCAAAAUGAAGCAAAUACCAAGAGAGUAGUUGGAACCUAUGGAUAUAUGUCUCCUGAAUAUGCAAUGGAUGGGCUAUUCUCAGCUAAAUCAGAUGUUUUUAGCUUUGGUGUUCUAGUAUUGGAGAUUGUGAGUGGUAGCAAGAACCGAGGAUUUUUUCAGGCAAACAGUGAGCUAAACCUUCUUGGACAUGCAUGGAGAUUGUGGAAGGAAGGGAGGGGAUUGGAAUUAUUAGAUCCCGUAGUGGGUAAUUCAUACCCGGAGCAAGAAGUAUUAAGAUGCAUACAUGUUGGCCUUCUGUGUGUGCAAGAGAGAGCAGAAGACCGACCAACAAUGCACUCUGUGAUUUUGAUGUUAAGCAGUGAAACAGCAGUAAUGCCUAGGCCUAAAACACCCGGAUUCUGCCUGCUAGGAAGAAAUGCUGUUGAAACUGAUUCACUUUCGAGUAAGAAAGAUGAAACAUUCACCGUGAACCAAGUCACCGUUACAAUGCUAGAUGCAAGAUAGUGAAGGGAAUCACAUAACCUCAUCUGGCACAUUUGUAUAUCCGAAAAUAUUUUCUCAAUGUAGAUUUUUUGCAACUGCUGCCAAUUUUUGUUGAAGUUUGAUUACAGUAGGCUGUUCAAACUUGAAAAUAUAUCUCCUUUAAAUUUUGUUGAAGGCAAUGCCAUGAUUUUAAAGCCGCAGAUGAUCAUUUGUUUGAUUUGUAGAGUCGUCUUCUAGAUCUUUGUUUAUGUGAAAGAAAAUAGAAUAGGGAACAUGGACACACAAAUUUGGUUUAAGUCAUGGAGAUUUGUCUUUGAAUAUUUUUUUGAAUCAUAUACACUUUCGCAAUGUAUAAAAUCAAGAAAUGAUGAGAUGAAAUAUGUUCUGCUCUUGAAACUCCCCAUUAGUUUCCCUUCAAAUCAAACGCAUAUGAAGAUGAAAAAGUGUCAGUGUAUUUUGAGAUGGCAUAUGCCGUACAAUACUAACCAACUUUAUUUUUUUAAUAUUGAGGAUGAUAUUCGAACAUCACACCACCACACUAGCAUGAGAAGUCGUAACAAGGAAGAGGUGGCCACUAAGCCACAGCCACAGCGACAGUCACAGGGAUGUUCUCGCUUUGCAUUGUACUGUUGAAGCUAUUCAGAUAUGAAGAUAUCUAUAGAGUCAAUGAAGUGACUGUCACUAC